GGGAGAUAAAUGCACACAAAGGGCGAGAGAAGAAACCCCACAAGGAAGAGAGGCUUUGGUUGAGAGAAACCGAGCAAACAGAGAGAGACUUGCAGAGCCACAAACACAAAGAGGCAGAUUUAAUUUUCUUCUUACAGAGAGAUACUCUUGUUUUGUUUUAAAGAAAAUUUUGCUUCUCUCUAUACAGAGAGCAAGUAAUAUCAUAUUGUGCUUGCUCUUGAAGGAGUUUCAUUUCUCAUGCUAUUACCUCUUGAUGUUGAAUCGAUAGCAACACAUUUUCUUUCCAGAAAAUCUAUGAGUCAAGAGUUCGAUAUAUAGACAUGGAGAAAGAAGAGAGAAACCAGAGAGCUACUUGUAAAGGUUUAGAACCAGAGUUUUUCUUGCAGUGGGGAAAUAAAAAGAGGCUUAGAUGUGUUAGAGUUAGAGACCCUCAAAUCAUUUCUCAGAGAUCUGAUGGUGUUUUUCGCAGGAAAACCACUUCUAGGAUUGAUAGAUUUGUUGUCUCUUCUGCUACUACAGAGAAAGACACUUAUCUUCCUCAAUCUAAUCGCCUCACAAGGAAUUCUGAAGCAGCGAUACUUAGGUCCAGUGUGACUGAGAACAGGAAAUCAUCUUCACCGGAGAAGGAGGACCGGUGCUAUACUACAAGAGGGUCAGGGAUUCUGGAUGAGAAUGGCAAGGUUUCAAUGGAUGGUAACAAUGGAGAUGAUAAAGGACAUGUUUGGCCAAAACUAUUCAUUACUUUGUCAAGCAAAGAGAAAGAGGAAGAUUUUAUGGCUAUGAAAGGGUGUAAGCUUCCUCAAAGGCCUAAAAAGAGAGCCAAAAUUAUACAAAGAAGUUUACUUUUGGGAAGCCCUGGGGCAUGGUUGACUGAUAUGUGCCAGGAGAGGUAUGAAGUCAGAGAGAAGAAGAGUUCUACUUCUAAGAAGAGACCAAGAGGAUUGAAGGCCAUGGGCAGUAUGGAAAGUGAUUCAGAAUAACAUUCGUUACAUUUUAGCAGCAGAGAGGCUUAUUGUUUUUCUAUUGAAUUUUUUGGGAUUUUUUUGGGAGAAGAUGAUUAGUUGGUGGCUGGAAUCUGUUGCGAGGAAAGAUAGAGAGAGUAAGCAGUCUCUGCAUGGAUUGUAUGUUUGUUGCUGUAAUGUAUAGAGUAAUUUUUCUGCUGUCUUACCACCACCAUUCUAACCAAAGUACAGCCAUCCCUGUCUUUUAUCGAAA